AUGGCGAUCGCGUUUUGGCAAAAUUCGACAUGUGUGGAUUUUGUGGAGAGUCAAACGAAUCCGAAUCGUGUUCGUUUCUUGAGGGAUGACGGCGGCUGCUACUCUGAUGUAGGCAUGAUGGGGGGAGUUCAAGUUCUCUCUUUGGGUGCUGGAUGCGAAUAUUUCUACAUAGCCGCUCACGAGAUCGCUCAUGCUCUGGGCUUCUUUCACGAACAAGAGAGAUAUGACCGAGACACUGCAAUCACCGUCAAUUCGGGAAAUGUCAUUCCUGAUCAACGUUUUAAUUAUAACAAGACGCAAUCAAUCACAAUCGGCGCAAACAAUGAGUUUGACACCGAAUAUGAGACUUUCGAAAAGUGUAACUACAUAAUCAGAGCUCCGAUGGGGUACAAAAUUGAAGUGAUCCUGAAGACGAUGACGGGUAUCGAUUGCAUUCCUGGUUGCGUUUAUAAGGGAAUCGAAGUGAAAGCAAUGAGUGAUCAUCGAUACACCGGAAUACGCUAUUGUUGUGAGGAAGAUAUUGGAACAAAGAUUGUUUCUGAGGGAAACGUUAUGCCAGUGAUUGUCUUCAAUCGAUACGAGAAGAGCACAUAUGCUUUCACAUAUCGAAUCGGUAUGCAG